AUGAGCCUCAAUUGCUUGACUUGCCAGGUUCUGCAGAGGACGGAUUCUUCGGGCUCCGAAAGGAACUAUAAACAAGGCAAGGCUCGGAAGGCAUGUAAUAGGAAGCUAUGCUGUGUAAACAUGGACAGAAGCUGGUCCGGAAACCUAACUCCGCCGCCUUAUUAUGAGACAAUAGAUAGGUCAGCUCCUUUGUUGGGUGAGAAUGGCAAGAAGAAGAAGAAUGCCCAAAAGGCAGGGCAUCGCAGGCUUUGUAGCACAGGUGGAGUUGCAUAUGAAGGGAGCACUGAACCAAAGUUGGUUAGGAGCGCUGGAAUGAGAAGGGAUUGGAGCUUUGAGAAUUUGGGACGGCUCAGAAAAGAAAGCAAAGGGAGGAACUUAUAUUAA